AUUUUAUCGCUAUUGUUGUUCCUUCGAAACAUAAUUCGGGAUAAUCAUACUUUGGUAGCUAGAUAAUUAAUAUGUUUAGUCAGAACACUUUGCACGAUCCACAUCUGUUUGAUAUGAAGUCAAAUGAACUUGGUCCGUGGAAACAUCGACAUUCAGGUUUACUUUAAGAAUGCUAGCUGCUAGCCACUUAUCUUGGGAUUUGUGAUGAGAUUGGAAGCGGAAGAAAAUUCUAAGGGAAAGGAGGAAAAAUCUGAGCUGGGCUGCCAUGGGCAAGUUGGAAGAAAAACUUUCGCAAUGUUAUGCGACUCAUGUGAAAGAGGGGGUUUAUUUUAUUAAUAUGAAGUUAUAUGAAUCGGUUGGUGUUGUCGGUUAGACAUUUUAUAAUUGUCAGAAGCUAACUAGCCUCGUAUUGAUAGUUAGACUUUUAAAAUGGCGGAAGGCUGGCCCAUCCCCCCGGCCCUCUUGUUGUUGAGUUUGAGUGCCUGCUGGGCACUGGAUUCCUGCCCUGCUCCAUGCUCUUGUCCAAGGGGGUCAGACGAAAUCCAAAUCCUGGAUUGCAAUAGGAAAAGGUUGUCAGCGGCCCCCCUGGAUCCACCUCAUGGGAUAACUCAUCUCACUAUGAAUCAUAAUGAUCUGACAACUGUUCCAUACCUUGGAGAAGUUACCCCAAACAUCACAACACUCUCAUUGGUCCACAACCGGAUCUCGGAGCUGUGGAUGCAUCAGCUGCAUCCAUACAUCUCCUUGGAGACACUUGACCUGUCAUCUAACUCCAUCUCAGAGAUCAAGGCUGGAGCCUUCCCACCCAUGCAGCUGAAAUACUUGAAUUUAAGCAAUAACAAGAUCAGUGUCCUUGAACCUGGCUGCUUUGACAACAUCUCCAGCUCCCUGCUGGUUCUGAAGCUGAACAGGAACAGAAUAACACUGCUACCAUACAAAGUGUUCAGGCUUCCCCAGCUGCAGUUCCUGGAAUUAAAGCGCAACAAGAUCAAGAUGGUGGACAGCCUGACCUUCAAAGGGAUGGACUUACUGAAAUCACUGAAGAUGCAGCGGAAUGGCAUCACAAAGCUGAUGGAUGGCGCUUUCUUUGGGCUCAACAACAUGGAGGAGCUAGAGCUGGAGCACAACAAUUUGACGGAGGUCAACAAAGGCUGGCUGUAUGGCCUGCACAUGCUGCAUGUUCUGCGGGUCAACCAGAACACCAUCAGCAUCAUCAGACCAGACGCCUGGGAGUUCUGCCAAAAGCUGGAGGAGCUAGAUCUGUCCUUCAACCACCUCACCCGGUUGGAGGAGACCGCGUUCAUUGGACUGGGCCUUCUGGAGAACCUGAACCUAGGAGAGAAUACCAUCAGCCACCUGGGAGAGGGAGUCUUCAGCAGUCUGGCCAAUCUGCGCUCACUAGACAUACGGAAUAAUGAGAUCUCUUGGGCCAUUGAGGAUUCCAUUGGUGUGUUUGUUGGAAUGAAGAAGCUGAACACAUUGAUUCUACAGCGGAACAAGAUUAAAUCUAUCACAAAGGAAGCCUUUGAGAGUCUGGAGGAACUAGAGCACUUGGACCUGAGCAAGAAUGGGAUCAUGUCCAUCCACCCUGAUUCGUUGUCUCACAUGAACUUAAAAGUGUUUUUUCUGAACACUAGCAGCCUGCUGUGUGACUGCCAACUGCAAUGGCUGGGUCCAUGGUUGACUGACAACCGCUUCCUGCAGUCUGUCUCCGCUAUGUGUGCUCACCCUGCCAGCCUGCUGGGCCGUAACGUCCUGUCUGUCAGCCUGGAGGAGCUGGUCUGUGAUGACUUCCCAAAGCCCCGGAUCACUGACCACCCUGAGACCGCCACCGCCCUGCGUGGGAACAAUGUGACUCUGAGCUGCCUGGCUUCAAGCAGCAGUGACUCCCCCAUGGCCACGGCCUGGAGGAAGGACGGGGAGGUGCUGUACGAUGCAGAGGUGCAGAAUUACGCCCGCUACCAGGAGGGAAAGCUGUUCUACACCACCGUGCUGCAUCUCCUCAACGUCAACUUCACAGACGAGGGACGCUACCAGUGUGUUGUCUCGAACCACUUUGGCUCUAACUACUCCAACAGGGCCAAGCUCACAGUCAAUGAGCUGCCGUCCUUUCUGAAGACUCCGAUGGACCUGACCAUCCGCACGGGCACCAUGGCCAGGCUGGAGUGUGCUGCCGAGGGUCACCCAUCCCCCCAGAUCGCCUGGCAGAAAGACGGGGGCACAGACUUCCCUGCUGCCCGGGAGAGAAGGAUGCACGUCAUGCCAGACGAUGACAUCUUCUUCAUUGCCAAUGUAAAGACGGAGGAUAUGGGGGUGUACAGCUGCACAGCCCAGAACGCUGCAGGGAGCCUGUCUGCCAACGCUACACUCACUGUGCUAGAAACUCCGUCCUUCAUGCGUCCCCUGAAGGACAGGGCGGUAGCUCGUGGGGAGACGGCAGUGCUCCAGUGUAUCGCAGGCGGAAGCCCAGCACCCCGCCUCAACUGGACCAAGGAUGACGGGCCCCUGGUCCUCACCGAGCGACACUUCUUCGCCGCCGCCAACCAGCUCCUCAUCAUCGUGUACGCGGGGUCGGCGGACACAGGGAAGUACACGUGCAUCAUGUCCAACACGCUGGGCACGGAGCGCGGCCACAUCUACCUCAGCGUGUUACCCUCUCCCAACUGUGACACUGCGGGCGGCUACGACCAGGAUAGCUGGAACACGGUGGGCAUCGUUGUGAUCGUGGUGGUCUGCUGCGUGGUGGGCACCUCGCUAGUCUGGGUCAUCGUCAUCUACCACAUGCGAAGGAAGAGCGAGGACUACAGCAUCACCAACUCAGACGAGAUGAACCUGCCGGUAGACAUCCCCAGCUACCUGUCCUCUCAGGGAACGCUGUCUGAGCCUCAGGAGGGAUACAGCAACUCUGAAGCAGGGAGCCACCAGCAGCUCUUGCCACCACUGUCCAACGGCUACGUCCACAAGGGAACUGGCUACGUCCACAAGGGAACUGGCUACGUCCACAAGGGAACUGGCUACGUCCACAAGGGAACUGGCUACGUCCACAAGGGAACUGGCUACGUCCACAAGGGAACUGACGGUGUGUGCUACAGUGACACAGGCAGCGAGGUGGACACCGAGGCCAACGGGAUGCUGCACUGCCGUGUGGGCUCUCUGUUCACGGGACAAAGCAGCUUCCAUCCUGGGCAGCCCUGCGAGGGACUGGCUGGGGUGUCGACAGGUGGUGCAGGGCCGCUGGUCAUCUGCUCGGACUGCUACGACAACGCUAACAUGUACUCUCGGACCCGGGAGUACUAUGCCUGCCUGGCCGAGGAUGACCCCCUGGACAAGGGUCUCUCUGGCAUCAUAGCCCACCUUCCCAAGGAGCCCUAUGGGGAGCAGCGAGGCCAGCAUGAGGACACAGCCCUGGAGAGCCUCAUCAACAACCAGGACUCCUCAGUCUUCCUCACCAGCCACAACUCCUCAGUCUUCCUCACCAAGAGGCUGAGCAAAGCCCUCUGGCCCCCAGAACAACACUACAGCACCGAUGUUCCCCCCAGGUCGUUUUGGGGCGAAGGGGAGGACUUGUCUACAGUGCCCCAACCAGGUCUGUCACAGCAGCCAGUGACGCUGCACCCAACUCCCUAUGCAUCUUCAGUUGCUGAGGGAGGGGAGGAGAGGAGUGUGGAGGUGGAGCUCUCCCUUCCCCAGAGCACACAGUACCACAGAAGUGCCUCUUAUAGGACUACGUCUCAGGAGCACAUCCAAGCCCCCACAUAAAGCUCUGCCCCCUUCCCUAUACACACUGCCAUCCUCUCUCACUGGGUCCUCUUCUUUAGCCACUACCUCCAAAAAGACCACUCUGACAAAAAUGCUUUCAUGUAUAUUUAGAUUAUUUCAGUCACGCAGAGAAUAUUUGCUCCUAUGAUUUUGAAAAAGGACCAUAUCUAGGGCUUGAGAACUGAACAGGUGAAUGACGCCCCCUGAUUCCCUCCACCUCCCCUUCCUCCCUCUCAUUCUAGAGGAAGCUAUGAAUGUAUGUGUCAAAGAGCCAUGUUGGAUGCUGCCAUUUUGACUUUUAAGAUGUCAGACAUUUGAACGUGCUCUCACGACAUACUGUCUGGAAGGUGGAAUGGCAGCAGUGUUGAUGGAUGCCCCAGUUGUUGUGCUUUUUGCUUGCAGAUGCCACAUUCUUGGUAAAGUCUUGUUGGAGCAACCUUAGUGAUUUAAUUUAAAAGUCCAGGACAUAGCUUCCUCACGUCCAGGACUAGAGGGGUCAAAGAGACCCCAGUUGUUUCUUGUUCAGCAGUGAGUGGUACAUACCUAUAGGAUCACUGAAUGAAUCCCUCCUCUAGCCAUCUGUAUUGAAUGUAAUCGUCUACUAUUAUGCAAACCCAGAGACAAUGGCCCUAGUUGUGUGUGUGAGAUAUAAUUUUCCGCUAUUAUCUAUGUCUCUUAAGCUAAGAUUGUUUUGCCUUGGGUCAAAUAGAGGCAGUCGUAAUAGAGGCAGUCGUUGCUCAUGUUUUUUUUUUAUGAAAACACACUAUCCAAGCAAAGAAAAUAUUGGGUAUUGCACAUAAUUUUGACAAUCAUGGUUCAGGUGGCCUUUUUUUAAUGGCCAUCUUUCAGAUGGUUUUCAACAGGCAUUCUCAGUAACCCUCCAUCAGGUAACCCUAUGGUUUCUAAUCACAUAUGCACUGAUCAUCAUUUCCUCUCAAAAGGUUAUUUUACAGGCACUUACCUCAUACUUGGUGUGUUUUAUUAUGCAGUAUGCCAUUUUAGAUUCCUAAUUGAUAAUAUAUGCCUUUACCCCCAAUUUCAUCAACCCUAGAUACUGGCCAGAUUUAACCUUGGGACUGUGAAGAAUGUAUUGUAUGGAUUUAAACAUUUGUCUUUUCACAACUACAUCCCUCAAACCCUAAGAAGGUAGUUGGAAUUAUUUUUGUCCUGACCUGCAGUAAGUUAGAUUUGUUUUUUUGUGUGUAUGUCAGAAUGUUUGUAGUCACUCCAGGGUGAUUCCUAACUUGACUUCUGCAACAUUGUGGAAAGCAUGUAGAUCUCAAGUCAGGAUUUGGCCCAAAAUGUUGGUACAAAUUUAAUCUAGCUAAAACCAAGUUGUUUAAUAAGGGUUGUCUUUCAUUUAAAUCACACCUGUUUCCUUUGCUCAAAUAAAAUAACAAUCAUUUUGGCAAUGGAACAUAGAUACUUCAGAAUAAGAUGUAGAUGUGUGAAGGCUAUACAAACAAAGAUACUACAUGAACAUUGCCCUGACAGGUUUGGUUGAAUCUGUCCUUUAGUCAUUCUUUUUCACCUUUUGAAAUCUCACAAUUAUUGCACUUCCGAUUCAGCAAAACAUGAUUGCAUUUCCUCUCUCGUGCACACUUUCAUUGCUGGUUUCUUUUACAUGUAUGUAAACUACUAUGCUUUUAUUCCUGCCUCUACCAUGUUGACAGUUAUACAUCUCCAUGUAGGAUUGUUUCUUAUGUUACACAAUGCAUUCAUGCUAAAAUCGUAGCUUUUUGAUAAGACUUUGCUUGAUAAUGCAUCUGGUACAUUUUUGUAUUUUGAGUUUGAUCAAAAAGGACUCCUUUUGUCAAUGUUGCAGUUGGUCUCAAACUGUUCUUUGUCUCUGGUACGUGACUUACCAAAUUUGCACAUGAUUCUUGUACACAAUUGAUUUUUGUUGUGGCUUCUUUUCAAAAGUCCAUGGUUUUGAAGUUCUAUAAACCAGGUCAUCCCCUGUAUACCAAAAUAAAUAAUUCCAACCCCA